AUGGGUGCAGGGAAGCCGAUCGUAGAGAACAUUACAGACGCCAUAUACGGCAGCAGGAAGACCCUCUGUGUGAUCACCCGGCGUUACCUGCAGAGCGAGUGGUGCUCCAGAGAGAUCCAGAUGGCCAGCUUCCGUCUGUUCAACGAGCAGAAGGACGUGUUGGUCCUGCUGUUUUUGGAGGAGAUCCCGGCCCACCAGCUGUCUCCUUACUACCACAUGAGGAAGCUGGUGAAGAAACGCACCUACCUGAGUUGCCCCAGGCCAGCCAACACACGGAGUCUUCUGGCAGAACGUAGGGAGAGCUCUGGAGGCGGGGGACGCUCCCACCGAGACUGCUGA